AUGUCAUAUCCACAAUUUGGAUAUCCCUACUCGUCUGCUCCACAAUUUCUGAUGACAACCAACUCUCUGACCACUUGCUGCGAGUCCACCGGCAGAUCCAUAGCCGACUCCGGAGUAGCGGCGUCCGGCCAGACACCGGUCUACUGCCCGGUGUACGAGAGCCGGCUGCUGGCCACGGCGAGGCAUGAGCUCAGCUCCGCCGCCGCGCUGGGCGUGUACGGGAGCCCCUACACCGGCGGUCAAAGCUAUGGGAAUUACGUUACAUACGGCACGGACGCCUCGGCUUUCUACUCGCUGGGAGCAUUCGACACUAAAGAUGCCACCGCGUCUGCGCAUACGGGGAUAACCCAGGCGGCAGCUUACUACCCCUAUGAUCCUACCCUGGGACAGUAUCAGUAUGACAGAUAUGGCUCCAUGGACGGGGGAACGAGGAGGAAAAACGCCACGCGAGAGACGACCAGCACGCUGAAGGCCUGGCUGCAGGAGCACAGGAAGAACCCGUACCCGACUAAAGGCGAGAAGAUCAUGCUGGCCAUCAUCACCAAGAUGACUCUGACGCAGGUGUCCACCUGGUUCGCCAACGCCAGGAGGAGGCUCAAGAAGGAGAACAAGAUGACCUGGCCGCCCAGGAACAAGGGCUCGGAGGAGAAGAGAUAUGACGAUGAUGAGGACGGCUCUCAGGAGGAGCAGAUAAAAAGUGAAAACAAUGACGAUGAGACCAGGAGUCGGGCUGAUAAGGACCUGCAGCUGAGCGACCUGGACGACUUCGAAACGCUCGAGUCUGAGAGCUCCGAGUGCGAGCUGAAGCACCGAUACCUCAUGAACACGCACAUGACCACGACGACCGACUGCCCCGCCGAGCACCUCCUCAAGGACACGUCUCUGAAACUCUCCAUCCCCGUUUCUCUCGGGGGGGAGCAGGACUUGAGCAAGAGCUGUCUCAAGACGAGCCCGGAGGAUUUCCAGGCGGACAGCAGGCAGCAGGCCAAGGCGUGUUAUAACCAGCAGCAGCAGAUACUGGACGGCAAACCCCGGAUCUGGUCUCUGGCCCAGACCGCCACGUCCCUGAACCAGACUGAGUACCCGUCCUGCAUGCUGAGGUGCCAGCCGCCGCCCUCCUCCCUCAGCCCGUCCCCCGCCGCUACCUCGCCCCCGGCCGGCCUGGACAACAGGCAGGACUCGCCGGUCACGACCCUGCGAAACUGGGUGGACGGGGUCUUUCACGACCCCUUGUUCAGGCACAGCACUUUGAACCAGGCCCUGACCAACACCACCGUCUCUUGGACCGCGAACACCAAAGGCGCCAUGCUGGAGGCCGAGAGGAGCGCGGCGGUGCUGCAGCAGCACCAGCAGCACCAGCAGCAGCACCAGGACUCCUCCAAAGACAGCAGUGCCAUGAGUUUCCCCAAAACCAUCAACAAACUUUUCUGCUCCUAA